GUUCGGCGGUACGUUCGAAAUUGGUGACAUUUUUGCACGUGUUUGCUCUGAAAUUUAUUUACUGCUUAUUGUCAUAUAAUUCUUGAAAUUAUGGUCCAAAUCUCUAAAAAACGUGUUCGUAGAAACACAAUUGUUUUAGAUAGUGGCUUAAAUUCGGUUAUAACUGCAUUACCGCCUCGUAAUACAGUAUCAACUACUAGCUCUCAAAAUGGUUUGAGUGCAGAUCUCACUCCUGUGAUACAGGUGAAAGAUGUUCUGUUAGAGAACUCUGAGUUCUGUAAACUAAACCUCCUUUUGAAAGAUAUGCAGAGGCAAGUAAGUGAAAUUCAGAAAAAAUUAGAUCAGUUUGAUAGUAUGUCACUGCCAAUCUCAAAUACCACGGAGAGCCGUUCUGAUAUUGGCCAGGUUAAGUGUUUACUGGAUGUAACUCAAAAUAAGCUUUUGAAUUUAGACCCAAUAGCCUGUCUUUUAGAAAGGCAUCCUAAAAUAUCUCCAGACAACCUAAAUAAAGCUGAAAAUCUGAUUGACUGCUUGGCUACGGAGGUGAUGAAGCGUAUAACCUCUUCUCACCAAGCUAUAGUUUACAACGUCCCAGAUUCUCUGCCCCUGAAAACUGUAAGACACAAAAUCCUGAUUUGUUGCGGCAUGGCUAGUGUUCCAUGUGAAUGCAAACGACUUCGUAAAAAGUCUAACCAGGCUAAUUGCCCAAUCAUUUUUAAAUUCAGUAAUUCCCUUGAUGCUAGUAAGUUUACUAAAUGUCAGGAUCACUUAAGACUGAAUAGCAGUUAUAAGUCUAUAACCGUAGCUCAGGAUAAAACACCGUGUCAGCGCAGAAUAAUGCGUAGUAAUAACCUGGUCACCUCCUCUAGCUUAGAUUUACCAAAUAAGGAUCGUGCACAGCAACAGACACCUAGUGCUGAAACUAGCAUUCAGCAAACUACACAACAACCACACCUGCCAAUGGAACUAGGAACUGAUUUAGAUACCAGUACCCCUGUAAACAAAGCCUCAUCGAAAGAUGUUAAAAUGACUAGAACUUCUGCAAGUUGUUCUAAGAAAUUUCCCCCCAAACGUAGUAACCUCACCACGAUGAACAAAUUUCGCAGGGUUGAGACUAAUGAUGGGGAAGAAUACUUUGUAUUCAAUAAGCCUGCUGAGAGUAAGAAUGCCAACAAACCAUCACUUGUUACGAAAAACUCCUCUCGAAACAUAAGUACAUCUGGAGGUGUUCCGCAUGCUCCACCUUAUAGAAAGUCAGGCUCCAAGACUCCUAAAGUCUUGCAGCCAAAGCACCUUCCUUCACAAUUCCCUUUAAGUUAUAAAAACAACCCGAAGGUGUAUACCGGUAUGACGAAUAGCAGUUGGAUGGGUAGACCUUCUGAUGCUAUGCCUUUUAACCGUCAACCUAGGCCCAACCUGUACUACCCUUAUAUCCAGGAACACAUGGUAAAUUUUCCAGGUGUCCUGAAUCACUGGUACGACCCAUGGCACCUAGGACCACCUCAUUGCACACCAACUCCGAUGUGCAGACACCCAGUCCGACCUCCUUUUCAUUCAUAAAUUCUUGCGGUGCUGACGCACAAAUAGAUUUAGGUUAUGGUGACAUUUUAAGCCAGUUUGUAGUAUCCCGUGACUUAUUCACGAUAUUGCUAAUUAAUGCACGCUCCUUAAUCAAUAAGAUAUCUGAACUAAGGACAUUAUUAUUAGUCGCCAAGCCUACUGUAGCUCUGAUUACUGAGUCAUGGUGCUCAUCCUCAGUACUUGAUGUGCAUAUAGGUAUCGAUGAUUACACUGUACACCGUGCAAACAGAGAUUGCAAGCGUGGUGGAGGAUGUCUCAUAUAUAUACAUAACUCAUUUGUAGUCAGUAAGGUGGAAGAUGAAACAAUGAAUAAUGUACCUGACUCACUCUGGGUUGUCUUACAUGGAGAUAAGUACAAACUUCUCAUAGGCUGUGUUUAUCGAGCACCAAGCGCAACAAAAGAAACUGAUGCGUUAUUAGCUAAAUCGUUUGCACACGCAUCCUCGUUUAGUGCUAAUUACAAAAUAAUUGCAGGGGACUUCAAUCUUCCAGAAGUCAAUUGGCUAACUAGUUCCGGCCCCCAACGCUUCGACGAAUUACUUGCCACUAUAGACUGUUAUGGAUGGCAA